CAUGCGCGUGCGUGUGAACAGUCGUGUGCAUGCGCAAAUCGCAUGUGGCGCAGACAGUGCGCGAGCGCGAGAGAGAGAGGGGGCGGAGUCAAAGAGCAGCGAGUCACGUAGCUUAACUAGGCUAGCAGCGAAGAUCAGCAGGUGAUGGAUAUGAGCAGCAGUGAGUGUUUUGGAUGUGGUCGCUCAGGACACUGGGUGAAGAACUGCCCCAAUGCGGGGCGUGGCCGUGGGCGGGGCAGAGGUCGAGGUAAAGAUCUGUUCUGUUACCGGUGUGGAGAGCAGGGACACAUUGCCCGCGACUGCGAACAGACUGAGGAUGCGUGUUAUAACUGUCACCGGAGUGGCCAUAUCUCCCGGGACUGUAAGGAACCGAAGAAGGAGCGUGAGCAGUGCUGCUAUAACUGCGGUAAAGCCGGACACGUGGCCCGAGACUGUGACCACGCCAACGAGCAGAAGUGUUACUCCUGCGGUGGAUUUGGACACAUCCAGAAACUGUGCGACAAAGUCAAGUGCUACCGGUGCGGUGAGAUCGGCCACGUGGCGGUGCAGUGCAGUAAGGCGAGCGAGGUGAACUGCUAUAACUGCGGGAAGACGGGUCACCUGGCGCGGGAGUGUACCAUCGAGGCCUCGGCGUAAACACGCCCCCUCCCCCUUCAUCGGCCCCUCCUUUUUCGCGUUGAUGGUUAUUAUUUUCUGGGAAUCCUCUUCAUUGGCUAAAGGUGGGCAGACGGAGGCUUGUCCCGGGCCCGUGAGCUGCUCGACAUGUUUAAAGAAAAAAAAAAAGAAAGAAGGGGUUAAAAAUCUUCCUGCAUUCAGUAUCAGAUGUGUGUUUAGUUUCGGUAGAGGUGUUGUGUAAUAAUGCUUUAUUUAAAAACCCCUUAAGCACGCCCGCAGACGUGACGACCGGCGUGCGGCGUGUUAACGUGGAACCUCACGGCACUCGCUCGCUUCACGUGAGCCUUCGAGUCGGCAGACGGGAAAAGCCUCGACUUCUGCGUGCAGAUGUUUUGUUUAUAAUAAAUUCAGCAGGAAAUAAUGAGUUUGCUUAAAGAGUCUGAUGGCGGUAAUGUUCACAAACGCAGGACUCCAUCUUAAUCUGGACACACACUCACACACACUCGCUUUGGGCGCUAACUUGUGAGGAAAUAUUCUAUUAAUAAUACUUGUAACAGAAUUCUGAAAUACUGACAUCCUCUUUUUUUUCUUCUUUAUUUUGAAUUCAGAUUUUUUUGGUACAUUUUCUCAUAAAUGCUUAAAGAUUCCAAAACAAUAAGUUUAGUCAUUUCUAUCUUAAAUUAUCAAGACCAAUAAGCUUGUGGAUUUAUCACUAAUUUGCAAAAGGAGAAUGUUUUCACAGAAAUCAAAUAUUAUUUUUGUACAAUAUCACUUGGACUACUGUAAAAAAAAAAAAUCAUUUUGCUUGUACUCUGUUUUUAAGUCAGAAGGAAAAGAUGCAACUGAAGUCCUAUAAACAUAGAAAAUGUAAUUUUAAACUAUCAAUAAAGCUGGAGGAGGAUCGGGA